GUUCAUUUUAUCCUCAAUAACGUGAUAUGAACACACGAAUUCACACACUGCUUUGACUUAACACAGAAAAUCGCAGUUGUUUCUAAACGUGGUUUAGCUUAUGACUUGAUUAAAUAUUUCUUAGACGAGCAAGAAAGUGUAAGCUUAGCCUUCAUGACAAAUUUCUCGUGAUCCACAGACAAAAUGGACUAAAUUUCAAGUAAAAUGGACAUCUGAUUUCGCAAUAUUUACAAUUUAUCCAUCAUCUGUUGCAAUUUGUUGAUGAAUUUACCCCCAAAUGUAUCAGGUAUAAUAGGUGAUCUGAUAUUGUCCCUAAACUCGAGUAAACUCGUUUAAUCGUCUCCGGACAACGCGCCCUGUUCAAUAAUACUUGCUGUUUAUUUCACGCAAUCAACUCAGAAAGUUUUUCUUUCUGAAAUCUUUUGAAAACAGUCGAUCUCAUAACAUCUCCAGAAAAAAGUGUGCGAGCCACACGAAGAAGUUCAGAAUAGCGCAUCUGAUACAAAUUGAUAACUACCUGGGGAAUUAUUCGUGAAAAUGACUCCAGAAGAAGAAGGAAUUUUGGAAGCAGAAGACGGAGAGUUAGAAGACGGCGAGGAAGAGGGAGAGGAAGGCGAAGAUGAAACUGUUCACAUCCCCGAGAAGGAAGUACAAACAAUAAACAACAAGACCGAAGUGGUAAAGAGAGCGAACAGCGAAAAACGAGGCGUCGAAACGGAGAGGUCUCAUCACCAUCAUAGGAACGGAGACCAUAAAAAGAGUCCGCGCCAUCAUUUAGAUGAAUCCCGGAAAGUUGAAACACAGCACUUUAAAAGGAGAAGUCCCGCAGCUCCAGAGGAGCGUGGCGAAAGCCCUCGAUACGCGCACCCGAUGAGAUUCUUUGAGGACGUGGCGCCUCCUGACGCAGACCGCGACUCGGACGGCUCCCGGGAGGAACGGAAGCGGAAAAGACGGGAGAAAAAAAUGGAAAAGAAGCAAAAGAAAGAGAAGAAGCGAAAAAGGAGUGAUUCGGACGAGGAUGAGGAGGAGGACGAUGGAGAGACGCUGAUUAAGAAGAGCAAGCCAGUAGCCAGCACACGAACAACCACCAUCACUGCUGCAGGCACAACUAAUACUACUGCUGCUGCUCAAGAUAACCCCAAUAGAAGUGCAAUUUGGGUCAACACGGACGAAUUGGAAGAAGGCGAGGAGAAGAGUGAAGGGGAGGAGAACGAAGGCUGUGCAGACAAAGAAGUGCGUCGAAACUCUUCCGCUGACGAUUUCAUCAGAAGUCAGAGAAAAUUGACCACUGAAGCAGAUAGAGACCUCAGACACUCAACGAGUAAAGAAAAAUCGAGAUCGCCACCGGUUGCAAGGAGUCACAAUUCAAACUCACCCAGAGAUAGUUUCAACAAUCGAGACAGGAAAUUUGGCUACAGAGGCCCGAGAGCACAAAGAAAUACACGGUGGUCACCUGUUUAUAAUGCGGAAGAGCAAAGCUCACGGGGCGCCGAAGGAAGCGGCGAACAGCAGGCCGAGAGGAAAUCAAAGUCGAAGUCUCCGAAGUCGAGUGACGAGGGCGAAGACAGCGAAGUAUUGGGAGGCAGCGAUAAAGAACUAACCGACGAAUUCAAAGCAUUAAAAGAUAAAUGGAACGCUGGAAAUGAGAGAAAGCGUCGCGAUAGUCGCGAAAACGAAGAGCCUUUAGCAGACAUGACAUCGCCACCACGACAAGCAAAAUUCGGCAGACAGAUUGGGAAAUUUGGGAAGGCGCGGUUCCACCACGAAGAUCACGACCAACCUGUGGGAUCGCCAGAAUCUACCGCGAAAGGGGAUGACUAUGCGGCUUCUCUCAGUGAGUACAUUACGAAUAAGGAGAAGGAGAAAGUGAUGGCGAAGAAGAGGAAGAAGAUGGAAAAGCGACUGGGGAAGGAGGAGCCGUCAGGCCCAGACAACCACCACCAGCACCACUACAGUAACAAUAACAACAGCAGUCACAACAGCAACGAGAAGAGAGUAUGCUUCUUCUUCAAAAAGAUCGGAUUCUGCAAACUGGGCGAUGAGUGUGACUUCUCGCACGACUGUGAUCAGGAGGUUGAGAAGUCGCUGGAUAUCUGCAGGGCCUACCUGCACGGCAACUGCAAGUGGGGGGACCAAUGUGGGAUGCUGCAUGGCCAGUUCCCCUGCAAGUACCACGCCAAGGGACUCAUCUGCUACAAGGGCGACCAGUGUCUCUUCUCACACGACAAACCAACCCCCUUCACACUUCAGAUACUCGAAGAUUGGUUAACAUCAAAUCCUCGACACAUCAGUCAGCAACAUAUUCAACUGAAGCAGAAGCAAGAGAAUCAGUUCUUUGGAAAUGGACCCCACUACUCGGCGCCACCUCAGCCACCUAGCAGAAACCCGUUCAAAAAUGCACCUCAAAAUUUUACUAACACCAAUAAAACUCCACUUCAUGGAAAAUCCAAACUUCCCCCUAAGUGGAGCGAACAUCCCCCUCUAGACGAGGAAAGUUUCCAUGCCGAUCGCGAUGACCGACGAAGUGGCGACGACGACCACCCAGAAGAUUGCGAUGAACGCAAACACGAUGACUCAGAACAUUUCGGUACCCAAUCGCAAUUCAAUAACAGCGCAUCAAGCAAUUCAGGCAAUGACUCGAGUAACCAAACAGAUCGAGUAGCGCCUCGUCAGAGCAGAUUUGAUCAACCAGGAGGAGGCUUUGAUAACGGACCGCCGCCCCCCUCCGGAGCCAAUCAGCAGCAGAAUUUCAGCAUGUUUAACAACCCAAGGCCGACCAAUCCAGGGAUGCAGAGAUUUUCGCUUCCUGGCAUGCCACCAGUCAGUCAAACUCCUCUACCUCCCGGCCAAGUAGGAAUGAGCUUCAACGACCCAAACAACAGGCUACCGGGGCCACCACCGAACAAUUUUGGAUUUGGACCGAACAAUCCCCCAGGUCCAAAUAGAGGACCCCCUCCUAAUAUCGGAAUGCUCCCGCCAAAUCAAGGAAACAACGGCCAGUUUCCUCCUCCAACAAAUAAUUUUCAACACCGCCCUCCAUAUAAUGGUCUAAAUAAUGUGGCCCAGCCCCCAAGAGGACCACUUCCUAACAUGGGGGGACCCCCACCUCCGGGACAAAUGGGGCCAAAUCAAGGUUUCAACAACCCGCCCCAUAGAGGACAGUUCCCUAAUCAGCAGCUACCGUAUAAUGGGCCUCCUGGACCAAACCAGAUGCCGCCUAAUAUGGGACCUCCACCACGUAUGGGCGGACCACCGGGUCCCGGUCCAAUGAAUUUCAACAGUCCAGGUGGACCUCCAAACCCACAGGGUUACAUGGGUCAUGGUCCGCCUCCGCCCAACAAUAUGAUGUCGGGACCACCGCCUGGUUUCAUGGGAAGUCCAAUGCCUCACAGGAUGCCAAUCAUUCCAGGGGUUCCUUUGAAUCAAAGUGGAAACCCUCUGAUGAACACUCCACCACAGAGUAUGAACUCGCCUAUGCCACAGGGAGGCUUCGGGUACAGCACAGAUCAGACUCCGCCAGCAGACAACUCGAUAGAGAAGUUGAUUAAAGUGCAAAUUGUGCCAGAAAUAAAGAUGGAAACGGCUCAGCAACAGGAAGUUGAAACUAGGAAGUUUGACGGGCCCAAACUGCGAAUCGAAACGCUCGCGUCAGAAGGAGCGUCUUUAAAACCUUCUAUGAAAACACCGACAACCCCAACUCCAAUUCUCCACAAAGACACGCAGUUGAUUCCAAUCGAACUACUCGACUCCUCAAUUCGAGAUCCUAGGCUAACCAAAGGGUUUGUUACGUCAUCAGUGUAUCAUGACAUCGCGUCGAGACCCCCGCUAGUGUUCCCAAUUACGACGCAAGCAACCGCAGACGAUGGAUCUUUCGUUAGUUGCACCGAACUUAUCCCAUGGAAAGUCCCAGUUAAGGUGGAUUUCUCGAAAGACGUUUUCAACAAGAUAGAAUCACCCAGUACGGGUAAUAACGUGCACACAGGAAAUAUGAUAGCACCCAAACUGUUAUCGGUUCCAGCGCGCCCGACCGAUCCGCGAAAACGAAGUGUAACGUCCACAGCUAAAACGCUACCAGUCGUUAUUUCUCCGAAGUCACAAGUGUCGCCAGCCCUGGAGCGAAAUCUUUCGUCGCCAAAUGGUGCAACGACUCUAACUACGUCAUCGCUGCAGCUUCAACACCAGCUGUCGUCUUCUAGUCUAGAAUUCAACAUCCAGAGCGCAUAUCAGCAACAGGUUCAAGCACUCAACUCUCCGCAGUUCGAAAUGAAUUAUAGCGUAGAUGCUGACGAUAAACCUCCAAACUCACCUGAUUUCCCCCUAGAUAUUUACAGUAGAUUACAAAAUAAUGAUCAUAUUGCCAGUCAUUUAAACGAAGUGGACGCGUUGGAUAUAAAAUUAGACGGAGAUACAAAAGAUAAACCAGAAGUAACUCUAAACAAACCCAGUCCAUCGGGCCUGGCGCCUUUUGUUUUGCCCUCUGAAAAUGUUUCGCCCUCGAAACUGGACGGCGACAAGCAAUCGGAUUUUGGAAAUUACUCUUCAAUGAAACCGAAAGCAUCUCUUAGCAUUGCAGAGUAUAUGAAACGGCGCAAAACAAAACCAAACGAUGGAUACAAUGACGAAAAUAUGGAGAGUAGUAACGAAAACUCCGAAAAUGAAGGCAAGUCUGAUGAGUUUCCAGAAAAUGACCCAAAACCUUACCUUAAUUUCGAAACCCACACAAUGCCAUCAAUAAAAGACUUGUUUAAAGACCCAACAGCCUCGCCAUUUGGGUAGUUGAAACUUAAAGCCCGAUUUGCAAAUGGUGCUCUAUUCAUUGAAAUUUAUCAUUUUGUUCUCUCAAUUUUUGUUUCCGAUUUUCUAACAAUUUAAUGUUAAACUAUAAA